AUGAAUAACUUGAAUGAAAAUAAUAUAAAUAUAUUUGUUUUACCAUCGAAUGAUGAAAUCAUAACUACAUCAAAUAUUGAUCAAAAUCUUGAUGAUGAAAAUAAUAUUGAUUCAAAAUAUGGUUAUUCAUCUCAUUAUACAUCAAUUUUUUAUCGAUUUGCAGGAAUGAUUCGAGAUGUUAAAAUACGUUUACCUUAUUAUUUAUCUGAUUGA